UAUACGUGACCUCUAAAGUGUAUCGAAGUGCACUUGUUCGUAUUUUAUUUAUGUCUCAAACAUUACAGAAUGUAAAACCCAACUGCAUAUAUAUCUAAAAUAUAUUUUCCCUUUUAUUAGUAUUGCAUUGUCCUCUUACAAGAUGGCACGUUCUAUUGCUCUACUGCUAUUACUGUGUUCGUCGAUCGUAUCAACUUUGGCAACACCAUGGGCAUUUUACAACGUACCAUCAUUCACACAUCGUCCUCAACAUCAUAACAUUCAGCUGGCAGAUACAGUUCCAGUAGCUGUACCCACCAUAUCAAGCAUUGUUAUCAAAGAUAAUGCACAACAAACCAAUAUUGGCAAUGGAGGAGACGCCUAUGGAAAUGGUGAUGCUGGAAAUGGUGGAAACUUCGAAAACAUAAAUAUCGGAGGUAUAAAGGACAACACUGACACUGUGCCCUCAGAUGGGGGUACUCCCGAUGACGUUUUUAAUCUUGGUAAUGGAGGAAACAGCUACGGACGUGGUGAUGGUGAAAAUGGUGAUAACUUUAGCAACAUCACUAUAACGGGGUAGGACUUGAAUGGCACACCCUGCAGUAAAAGGCGUAGAUACCUGUUUACAAGUGGUAUAAUGUAAUACCUAGUAAGCUGCUGUUUCUCAAUUGUUAAAUAAUAUCCCAUUAACAAUAUAAAUGUGA